UUGAAAAAGGGGUGUGGAAAGAGCAGAAAGAGAGUGGGGCCAUAUAAAGAGCAACAGCACACAAGCCGGGCUUUAUCCUGCCUGACUGUCCCGCUCACUUAGACCUCACAGGAAACUCCCGACUCCCCCGGCCCUCACACACUCACUCAUUAUCACUCACCACGCUUUUUACUCACACACUCCCACCGGCUGACCAGAGAGAGGAUGGCUGCGUCCAUGUGGAGGAUGAAUGGCCCCUGGAGAAGGAUGGCUGGAGUUCUGUUGCUCUGCGCUCUGAUGCUCAGCAAUGAGGUGAUAUGUCAAGAUGCUCCAACAACAGAUACACCUGCUCUAGCUGCAGACACUGACAUGGCAAAUGGCACUGCUGAUGAAGGUGCUACUCCAACUGUUGCUGUCGGUGGAGAAUCUGCUGCUUCUGCUGCUCCUCAAAAUAGUACACUGGUUGCAUUCCAAGCAACCAUUGUAAGCAUUGCACUUGGUAACAGCCAGGAUGGAGACACCUCGGGCACCACAGGCACCACUGCUGACCCCAUUGUCGAAGCCAGCAUGGUCCCAGAUGUCUCCAACAUUGUUAGAACAGUGGUGCCCAAUGUGAUGUGUGUUGGAAAGGAGGACAUCCCAGAAAAUAAUGCUGUCAAGGCUGCGUUGGCAACAGCUGAUUGUCAAAAAACUAAAGACAUUAUUCAGCAGAACCCUGCAAGUUGGUGCCACAAAGAAAACUGUAAUCUAAAAAUCUUCCAAGACGGCAACACAGCGCUGGUGGCCAGUGAUGAUGCUAACUUGGCUACUUUGGCUGACGCACUCAAGAGUGAACAUCUGAAAGACAAGCUGGGUGUGACAAAGACCGAAACCCCGCCUUCAUCAGGUUCCUCUGUCUUUGUGGGAAUACUCGUCACUGGUCUGCUUGCUGCCCUUGCAAUCCCUCUUGGUUACCUCAAAUGCCAACGCAGGACGGACACCAAGGGAGUGAGGCUGGCAGAGGAGGCCCAUCCAGCAGAUCAGGAGAACCAGGGGAACACUCUUGUAUCUGUGGCCCCCCUCAUCCCCCCUCCGGAAACCACGGAGAAACCCAGCAUAAAUGGAGACUCCCCGGAGGCAGACAAGACCCAGCCUCCUCCUCCCAUCAACGGCCACUCCACCACCAAGACAGCGGACACCGAGAUGUGAAAUAGUCUACAAAUAAUUGUAACCCAAGAACGACCCUGAAAAACACACACCACCCCCCCUUCCACACACACAGACACACACACACAAACACAAACACACACACACGCCAUUUCUGAAUCCUUUCUUGCCCAACCACAGUGAGUCCACUUGAAUGUGGACAUCAGGGACUAGAACAAUUUCCUACAUCAACGCUCCUUUUUUUUAUGGUCCCCUUGCCUCCCUCUCUUUUGGCCUUUUAUGUGCCUCAAUAAACAUCAGGAAAGCUAGUCUGACGAUGAUGACGGUGAUGAAUGAGGUUGAUAAUGACGAAGGUUCAGUCCCUGGGAUGUUGACGGCAGUCAGGCUGGAGACAAGAGACAGGAGAUGGGCAGUUCAGGGUGGGAAGAAAGUGUAGUUGAGCAUUAGUCAGCACUGGUUCCCAUGAUGCACCCAGCCUCUGGAGUCCCAGCCAUGUGCUGUCAACACAAAGCAGGGCCUCUGCAUGUCGUCAAGUCUAAAGCUUCGACCAACCCUCAACUAGUAAAUACAACACAAGCACAUCAAUGACAUUGUUCCUUAGUUUAUUGUAUAGCCAGGACAGAUGGAGAGGAAAUAAAUCACACUGCCUUGAAAUCUGUUUACAAACUCAGAGGAAAAAUGCAUUGGUCUCUGAUCUUGUUUGUCUGAUUGAGUCAUUGAUUGUGGAGGUGUGAGAAUGCAUGUGCUGCUUUCGUAACCUUGCAUACGUGUGUUAGUGUUUACUUGCUGACUGUUUUUAUAGCCGUAAAUGCAUCUGAGCUUCCCUUGCUUACUGUAUCAGGGUUCCUCCGCGUUAGCUGGGAAUAAACUACAAGACGAUCAACCAUAAAUCCUCAAGACAGACAGCAUUUCCAUCUGAAAGGGCAAAGUUCUGUUCAGGAUCAUAUUAAUUCAAAUGGUAGUUUUUGGACAAGAGUAUUUUUGGUAAUGUUGUUGAUAUGCAGUGAACACCCGCAAGUCAUAACACAUGCAGGUUGAAUGACGUUACAUAACGUAUUUUUCUUCCCAACUCGUUUGAACAAUUAAAUAAUGUUAAAUUGGUGAGCACGUUGGUUUAAGGUUUGUUAUUCAACAAUGGUUUCAAAUGUGUUUCAGGCAUUGCUGAGAGAGUUACAUAAUAACCAAUGGUAAGCCGAGCUCAAAACAAUGAAUGGAAGCAACACAGGCUAAAUGCUGGCAAACAGUACUUUUUUACUUUGCUUGAAUCUUCUCUUCAAACGCAAUGCUACAUUGUGAAUGUAAAAUGGACCGUGACAUGACAACUUUUGCGGCGGUAGCUUACAGUGGGUGUGAUGAGCCUCGUUAAAGGCUCCACUUAAUGUGACAUUAGCCAUGAAAAGUGUAACCAUUUUGUAAAAGUGAUGGCUCACCGAGAUUCCCAUGGUGAGAAGAAAGAAGUAUUGAAGUUUAAAUCACAUUAUUUUCUUGAAGAAGGUUUGCCGCAAGGACUUCUCCCAUCCGUCACAAACUGUGGUGAAAUCAAUCACAAAGCCAACCGGCCUCUUUACAUCAUGAGACUCAUGAGAGAUGCAGAGCCUCUUCCUGUCCACUCCGCCCAUCCAUUUGUCUGUGUUAUUCUCUUUUCAAUAUACUGUGUAUGCUCUUUUUUACUAUCAGUAUCCUGUGUGUAUAGUAUGAUAACUUUUUUGUCUUGUUAAUGUUUUGUGAACACGUUUCUUUUGUGUGCCAAAGAACUUCAUUUCAAGUUAUGUUGUGCUAAAAUGUGUACUUCUUUGAUCCAGGCCAUAUAAAUAAAUAUGUCCACGGGCUGUUAGAAGGAAUCAUCUAGUUUACAAAAUCGGUUUGUUUGUCCUGUAAAUGCAAUGUUUACUGACGAUCCGGAGAUCAAAUACAAAAGGAAACCACAAUAGUUUGAACUGGAACAAGGAAAACUAUUCUGAUAGAUAAUUUGAACAUCUUGCAUCUCGCAUUCUCCUUUCAAUCCAUUUUGUAUGUUUUCAUUGCUAACAUUCCAAUGUGACUAUUUCAUUUUACUAGCACCCUGUAGUUUAAAUUUGAUUAAAACAUGAAGAGAAUAAACAGCGAAAGAUGAA